AUGAAAUUACUACCGUUUCCUUUGCCACCUAAUGAAGAAUUGAUGGUACGUCGGGUAAUGGAUAGUUGUCCAUUUAAAGCUGCGCUAAGCUGUUUUGGGGGUUUUGUUUUAGGAGGGAUUUUCGGCUUAUUUUCAGCUAGUGUAGAUCCAAUGAGUACAAUACAUGGUGCAGAAACUCCAACCACUCGUCAAGUUAUGAAAGAAAUGUACUCCCGUUCUCUAUCUCAUGCUAAAAGUUUUGCAGUAAUUGGAACACUUUUCGCUGGAACUGAAUGUGCACUUGAAAGUUAUCGUGGGAAAAGUGAUCUUCUGAAUAGUACGUUAUCAGGUGCGAUUGUUGGUGGUGGAAUAGGAUUCAGAGCUGGUUUACAAGCCAGUAUUUUGGGAGCUGCCGGUUUCUCGUUGUUCUCUACGGCUAUCGACUACUACUUUAGACACAAAAGCUAA